GCUGCGGGAAGAUUACCGGUCCCCGGCCUAGAUUCAGGGCUCUCUGACGCGGGUUAUGUGAGAAACCCGCAGCCGGGGGGGAAGUCCGGGUGAUGGCCAGUGGGCGGACUGCGGCCCGGGUAAGCGGUGCCUUCCGGACAACAUUCUGCCGAACGCAGUCGAUUCACCCCAACCCUCCGGGAAGGAAUGCCACUGGAAAUUGUGCGUCCAUCUCAAAAUGGAAGAGCGUUUUGUCCAGAGUGGGUUCCUCCCUGUCCAGCCUGUGCCCCCUGGACAUGUUCCAAAGAGCUCAGAAGAAGCCUGCACUACCACGGAAGAUCCUCAGGGAUCGGGCCCAGUCCAGCAUCUCCAGAAACACGGAGUGGCCGUUCCCCCAGUUCAUCUCUCUCUUCUUUCCAGUAUUCACCUUCCGAUCACAGCGGCUGGAGCGGGAAUUCCAGGACAUUGAGCUCAUCACCAAAGGCUCCAUUGGACCGAUUCUGAAAGUCUGUAAAAGGACUGAUGAGCAGACCUACGCUCUCAAGGUCCUGCUGAAGACAGAAAUACUUCGACAGCAAAUGCUGCACCAGUGUAAGGAGGGAGUCACUCUGCAGAAGCAGGCCCACCACCCGUUUGUCCAGGGUUUACAGGAAUGCUGGCAGACCUCACGCCUCCUCUUCAUUAUGUGUGAUUACCACAGCGCUGGAGAUCUCUACAUGCUCUGGAGAGGCUGUCACCCACUGGAAGAGGACACAGUGCGGGUGUUUGCAGCCGAGUUAGGUUCCGCUAUCGGAUUCCUCCAUGAUUUCGGUGUUAUUCAUCGGGAUGUGAAGAUGGAGAAUGUCCUUCUGAAUGAACGAGGUCACCUCAAGUUGACCGAUUUUGGCUUUAGCCGCAGACUGUGUCGGGGAGAGAGGGCUUACACCAUCUGUGGAACCAUGCAGUACAUGGCUCCUGAGGUGUUACGGGGUGGUCCGUACAGCCAUGCAGCUGACUGGUGGUCCCUCGGAGUCCUCCUCUUCGCUCUGCUCAUUGGCAAGUUUCCAGUUGAGCCACAGUGUGAUCACACCUCGAUGCUGCUGAGUGUGGAGCACACAGACAUGAAGCCACCUUCCUGUGUUGUCAGCCAGGCUCUCAGUUUCCUGCUCACAGAGCUUCUGUGUAGAGACCCUCAGCUCCGUUUACACCAUCUCGAUGUGUUCAGUGAGCACCGUUCCUUCCACGGUCUGUCCUUUGAUCCGGAAUCACUGCAGAAGCUGCCCCUGAAACUUCAUCUUCCCAACAAUGAACCCUUGACUCCAGCCAAUCCUGAUCCCAGUCUCUUUAGGGGCUUCGACUAUGACCUGCUCCAAGUUACAGGCUGUUAGGGGCAGGACAGUAGAUAAUGUGUCCGUCUGUCUGCCCCUCUCCUGAUCGCUGUCAGAAAAGGUAGUUUCUCAAUCACUGUCACUAAUGUGCAUUGCUUCAUUCUGUCUACCUUCACACCUUCCCUCUCUCUCUCCCCUCUCUCUUCAUUCUCCGCCUCACUCCCUCGCUGAAUGAAUGUGAGAAUAUCUCUGUCUUCUCCUUGCCUUGCCUGUGUUUUCCCAUGCUGCCUUUCUGCUCCACCUUCCCUCCCCUCUGUUACCCCACGCUUAUGCUCUACUCUUUAUCAACCCCUGCCGCGCCCCCCCCCCCACCUUCCUGGCACUGUCAAACCCUCAGGAUGUUGCUUCCCAGAUAUCUGGUCUUUGUGUUUGAUAUUUCUUUUGUAUGGACUUGUUUUGGAGCUCAAGAUAAACUAGAGAUCCCAUCAUCUGGUAUGGACAGGUCUGUCACUGUAUAACCCUGGGGGACAGUACUGGUGGGGACAGGUCUGUCGCUGUAUAACCCUGGGGGGCAGUACAGGUGGGGACAGGUCUGUCACUGUAUAACACUGGGGGACAGUACUGGUGGGGGACAGGUCUGUCACUGUAUAACACUGGGGGACAGUACUGGUGGGGACAGGUCUGUCACUGUAUAACACUGGGGUACAGUACUGGUGGGGACAGGUCUGUCACUGUAUAACACUGGGGUACAGUACUGGUGGGGGACAGGUUUGUUACUGUAUAACACUGGGGGACAGUACUGGUGGGGACAGGUCUGUCGCUGUAUAACCUUGGGGGACAGUACUGGUGGGGGAUAGGUCUGUCACUGUAUAACACUGGGGAACAGUACUGGUGGGGACAGGUCUGUCACUGUAUAACACUGGGGGACAGUACCGGUGGGGACAGGUCUGUCACAGUAUAACACUAGGGGACAGUACUGGUGGGGGACAGGUCUGUCACUGUAUAACACUGGGGGACAGUACUAGUGGGGGACAGGUCUGUCACUGUAUAACACUGGGGGACAGUACUGGUGGGGGACAGGUCUGUCACUGUAUAACACUGGGGGACACUAUUGGUGGGGACAGGUCUGUCACAGUAUAACACUGGGGUACAGUACUGGUGGGGGCAGGUCUGUCGCUGUAUAACCUUGGGGGACAAUACUGGUGGGGGACAGGUCUGUCACUGCAUAACACUGGGGUACAGUACUGGUGGGGGCAGGUCUGUCACUGUAUAACACUGGGGGACAGUACUGGUGGGGGCAGGUCUGUCGCUGUAUAACCUUGGGGGACAAUACUGGUGGGGGACAGGUCUGUCACAGUAUAACACUGGGGUACAGUACUGGUGGGGGCAGGUCUGUCGCUGUAUAACCUUGGGGGACAAUACUGGUGGGGGACAGGUCUGUCACUGCAUAACACCGGGGUACAGUACUGGUGGGGGCAGGUCUGUCACUGUAUAACACUGGGGGACAGUACUGGUGGGGGCAGGUCUGUCACUGUAUAACACUGGGGUACAGUACUGGUGGGGACAGGUCUGUCACUGUAUAACACUGGGGUACAGUACUGGUGGGGGACAGGUCUGUCCCUGUAUAACCCUGGGGUACAGUGCCGGUGGGGGACAGGUCUGUCACUGUAUAAUGUGGGAUAUAUUGAGUAUGAUUGCAUUGUGAUGAUGCAGCUGCGGGUUCAAUGCUGUGACCUCUGCGCUGUUGACUCCAUCAAUGCCAUGCCUCAGGCAGCUGGUGAUGUCAUUAAAUGUGAAUUGUUUGGUAAAAUGCUUUCUGUAUGAUCAGGGUAGGAUUUGAUCCAUAUGAAUCAUUGAAUGAACUGACUGAUAAAUA